AUGUCUAAAGAUUGCCUGCGAAGAUUUUCUCUGUCUCUCUCACUUUUUUCUUCUUCUUCUUCCUCCCUCAUCGCCUGCUGCUAUCAAUUUUCACAAACGGAGACGGCGUCAGCGACAAAGUGGGCGGGGGACCGUGCGUUGAGGGAUCGAGGUGUCCAUGGAGCUGGUCCUGGCGAUUGGGUUCUGUGGUCAUCAUUACUCCGAAAUCCGAUCCCAACACACAUCUUGUCACGCUGUCCUGGUCUGUAUGGGGUAGCGGCAGCAGCAUCGCCCAGCAUCGCCGAGGAACGAAUGCCCCGGGCAGUGGUGCCUAGACAUGGCAUGCGGUCUAGUGGCCGUGGAGGCGCGCGAAAGGAGACGCCGAGAGAAAGAGAACGAGACCGCGCGAGAGAGGAAUGUGGCAAACAUGGAGGCUCAGCAGAUGACAGCAAACACCAAGCAACCGCGGCCCCAAAGACGACGGUCUUCACCGAGAGAUGGGCAGAUGAGCCCGGAGAGCGGCGUUGCCGGGACGGGGCAGAGUCUGCUUGGCCUGCUUGGCCUGCCUGGCUAGCAUAUCUGCACGAAGCUGUCACUGAGGGCUCGGUGAAGCAGGGCUGGGGCAGCGAUGGGCUUGUGCGCGCUGGACCAGGUCAUGUUCUGAAGAGGCAUCAAUGCCGCGAGCGCCGCUUUGGGCCUCAGCAGCUGAUUUUUCCCUCUUGCUUUGUCGUCUGCCGUCGCUUGGCAUAUGGCCGUAUCGAGCAGGAGCUGGAGCAGGCAAAAUCCUACCAGUCGGGCUGGGAUGCCCAAUAG